CUACAUUCGUGCUUCUGGAAAGUUAUCCUUCGAAGCCAACACAGAGUCCUCGCAAUUCCUUCACAUCGCCAUAAUGGCGUCUGCAGAUUCAUCGACGGCGCUUGUGAGGCGCUCCUCCGCCCAAGAUGUUGUCGCAAUGCCGCCACCACCCUUCAAGCGGAUCAAAAGGCCGCCCAAAAUCCUAGACGAAGACGAGUAUACCUCGGCGCUCUCGGACAUCAUUGCGCGCGACUACUUUCCAGGUCUUCUCGAAUCCCAAGCACAGCACGAGUACCUUGCAGCUCUCGAAUCAGGCAACGACUCUUGGGUCGCAGAGGCGGCGCAGAAACUACGGGAAGCGGCCGUGCCCUCGUCCAGCGGCAGCAAGAGGAGGAGCGCACGAAAUACAAGAUUUGAUACCCCGUCGGCGACACCACUUCGAGGACAGCCUGUCGCAGCAGACACACCCCUGGGAUACACAGGCGGCCAAACGCCGUCGGCGGCGUCUGUCGCAGGAGGCUCCGUCGACGACACGGCAGGAUCUCAGAAUGGUCUCGACACGUCGAGUCUGUCUCUCUCUUCGUUCCAGGCGAAAUACACGUCGGAGGACAACGAGUCCUUCAACGCUCUGUUGGACAAACAGAAUUUGAAACAGAGACAGAAACACGCAUACCUGUGGACACAAGACCAACGGAUGCCGUCGACGCGACUCCUCGAGCACCGGGCACGAGAACAGCGUCUUGUGACUGCCCAUGACAAAUCCUCUGCCUCCACGGGCAAGGAAUUGGCAUUGCACACCGGAGCCACCGACGCACGACCGGCCAAACCCGAUUCAUGGACUAUAAAACGACCCGACAAUACAUUCAUGUUCCACGCCUCUUCGGUCGACGAAGACGGACUCCAGACGGUCCAGGAAGUCCGCGAACAGAAUUCCAAAGCCGGGCCCAAACAGGUGGUGUAUACGAAUACACGGUUCCCACCGGUACAGUACGCGGACGACCCGGGCCCCGUCCCUGCCAGUCCGAGUCUGAACACGGACAUUGUCGACAGACGUGGUCGCCUGGCCGAUACCGACACGAACGCCGGCGGCGGCACCGAGUACGCGGGGGGUGAGACGCCUCGUGUCAACGGAUACGCCUUCGUCGACGAGGACGAACCCGAAAACAUUGCAUCCACGCCCGCGGCGGGGCCGAGUUAUCGAGAUCUCCUGGCCGGACAGGUCGCGGACCCGACCCCGAACCCGUUCAAGAUCAACGAGAUACGGAGACGAGAGGACCUCCAUUAUCGCAUGGUGGAGAGGGUGGCACGACGGAAGAGGGACAAGGACAGACAGACCACCGUACGUCCAGGGGAAGGGACGAGUGGGGGCAAAUCGUCGGGCAACAUGACGCCCGCUGCCAGACGGUUGAUGGAAAAAUUGGGAGGGCGGGCGCCGGUGCGUGGCGGCGCAUCCGGUACGAGUUCGAGCACGCCAGAGUCCAAGGAGAUGUGGACGCCAUUGAGGACGCCGCGAAGAAGUGACUUGAAACGCUGAAGCAAGCGGUGUGGUCCUUACUGGAUCAACUACACUGGUUGUCUGCUCAGUCCCGGCAUGAACUAGGGAGAACUCCUAUAGGUUUUAUAUUAAGAAGCACCUGUUAGGAUGACACAGAGAUCUAUCAAUUUGCC